UUUAUAAUAUCUGUCUUUUAGUGAUUCUAAGUACUUUUUUCUUUUUAAAUUUAAUAGGUUAAAAUAGUAUUUUACCUUCUAUUGAACUUUGUCUUUGGUUUUUUAUUUAAUAUGUGAUUUUUAACAUGAAAACAAAACUUAGUGGCAAACAUGUCUCUAAACUUGGCAAAUGUUCUUAAAAUUUUAUCUAAAAAUCACCAAAUUCUUGCACAAAUCCUAUUUCACUUCUACAUCAUUCAAUCAUAAUAUUCCCUGAUCUCAAGGGCUAACUCCUAUUCCCUCUUUUAAUAUUCUUUACAAAUUCACAAAGCUGCUUUCUUAACAUGGAUACUUGCUCUUGUAGCUAAAAGCCUUGAUAAUUU